CCUUUUUCUUGCAGCGUAAGAGUUGCAGCUGACGUUAUUCGACGCAUUGUUUUGCUUCUUAAUUUUACACUUUUUAUAAUUAUUUUUUUACUAUUUAUCUUUUUAAUACUUCCUUUUUUCCAUACUACUUAAAAUUAUUCAUUUCUACUGCAAUGAGUGGUAUAUACACAGCAGUACAAUUGUUCAGCACAGCCGCCAGUAUAGGAGUCAUGUUGAGCAACGCCUUCAUGAUCAUAUACUCGGGCAUGGUGUUCCCAAAGCUCAGCGCAGCAGCCUGCGCCACUAGCCAGUUCAUAUCCUUCACAAUCGGACUGGUGCUCAUGAUAAUGGGCCUUCCUGGACAAAAAGCAGGGUUAAAUAGGUUUCCUGCGUUUAAGGACCCAUUGACAUCCAUGCAAAUCUUUGCCGCUUGGUUUGCAUCCAUGGGUGUGUUCCUCAUUAGCGAUCCUGUUUUCCAGAGUUCGAGGAAUAAUAACGAUAUCUCUCUUAGUGCUUCAGUUUAUAAAAUCAUGUUUAUAUGUUCUAUUAUUUGCGGUGUAGCCUUUGUUGCUAAUGUCGGAGGGUACAUUUUGUACCCGAAACCGGUACCGGCAGCACCACCGCCAGCAGAAGCUGCAGCACCACCGCCAGCAUAAGCUGCAGCACCACCGCCAGCAUAAGCUGCAGCACCACCGCCAGCAUAAGCUGCAGCACCA